UCACCUAAACCCUAGACGUGACGACUCAAUCAACCACGCAGUUUGAGUUUGAGCUUUUUAGAUCUGAUAAUGGCGAACCCUAAGGUCUUCUUUGAUAUGGCGAUCGGCGGUGCACCGGCCGGCAGGAUCGUGAUGGAGCUCUACGCCGACACCACCCCUCGGACCGCCGAGAACUUCCGCGCCCUCUGCACCGGCGAGAAAGGCAUAGGCAAGAGCGGCAAGCCCUUGCACUUCAAGGGCUCCAGCUUUCACCGCGUGAUCCCCGGAUUCAUGUGCCAGGGCGGCGAUUUCACCGCCGGGAAUGGGACCGGCGGCGAGUCCAUAUACGGCAGCAAGUUCGCCGACGAGAACUUCAUCAAGAAGCACACCGGUCCCGGCAUUCUCUCCAUGGCCAACGCCGGUCCGGGGACGAACGGAUCGCAGUUCUUCGUCUGCACCGCGAAGACCGAGUGGCUCGACGGCAAGCACGUGGUUUUCGGUCAGGUUGUGGAUGGGAUGGACGUUGUGAAGGCGAUCGAGAAGGUUGGGUCAAGUUCUGGAAGGACUUCUAAGGCUGUGACAAUCGCUGAUUGUGGUCAGCUUUGAUCUGUGUGUGUGUUUUCAGAUCUGUUAAUGAGUGUUUAAUAUCUAUCUCUAUCUAUCUUAUCUUUUCUAUCUUAGGGUUUUUAUUAUGGUGGUGUCAUAUGUGGAAGAACUUUUCAUAUGCUGAAAUUGACUAUCUAAAUAAGAUAGAUUUACUUCUACUCAAUAUUCUCCCUUUUUCAGCUA